CAGCUGGGAUAGGCUCCAGCCCCCCAGUCGUUCUACCUGCCCCCUAACAGUAGAGUGCUUCACUUCCCGGCCUGCAGAGAAAAUAAUCUUCCCAUAGACCCUAAAUUGGAAAAGAGGAUGAAUAGAUAAAAAUAUUAAACUUCAAAAACUAAAAAAAUGAUUUGAUUUGGUUAUUACUAAUUGAAUCAACCAAACUACAUGCAGAAUUUUAAACUUUGGUGCAAGCACUCAUAUGACCAGGGAAAGUGAAGGUACAGCUUUCUGCCAUUUAGGAAACUUACUGUUUUCCUUACUUGGGAAAACAAACGUGAUGGUUCUUUGCGUCAUUUUUGGUUUCAGCCCACUAAGACAGCCCACUGAGCAACUAAGUUUCAUUUUUCAGACAAAGGCAGCCUUUGCUCUGAGACAGACAGGUGAACAAGCCUCCAGACUUCCAAGAAGACAGACCUGACAGUGCUGCAGUCAUGGGUGAGUGGGGCUUCAUCGGUGGAUUCUUUAAAGACUUCCAGACCCAUUUACCGAUGUUGGGUCGUUGCUGGCUCAUCCUCGUGUUGGUGUUUAGGAUACUGAUUCUGGGAACUGUGGCCAGUGACAUGUUUGAGGACGAGCAGGAGGAAUUUACCUGUAACACCCUCCAGCCAGGAUGUAAGCAGGUGUGUUAUGAUGAGGCUUUCCCCAUCUCCCAGUACAGGUUCUGGGUGUUUCAUUUGAUCCUCAUCGCUACACCUUCUCUGCUUUACUUCGUCUAUGUAACACAUCAAGAUCACAAGAGAGCCAACAGCUCCUCAUCGAGGAAAAGGAGCAGCAGGAAGAACAGAGAAGGAAGAGCUUUAAGGGCACUUUAUAUUAUCACCGUGAUCUUCCGCAUAGUGGGAGAAAUCGGCUUCUUAUUUGUCCAGUGGCGUCUCUACGGCUUUGAGGUGAAGGCCCAUUUCCCAUGUAGUCGUUCUCCCUGCCCCCUAACAGUGGAGUGCUUCACUUCCCGACCUAAAGAGAAAACAAUCUUCCUCCUCUUCUACUUUGCUGUAGGGGUGUUAUCAGCAUUUUCCAGCGUUGUCGAGUUUUUCUACGUCUCUAGGAAGUGGUUUUGCUUACAACAGGAGGACAGAUUCUACCACUGUGACUGCGAGAACCUCCACAAACUCAAGCAAGAGGAGACAGAGGAGAAAUCAGGAGGAGAGACGAUGUCAGUGAGCACAACCAGCAGUGUGAGAGUGAAGAAGGGAUCAGUGAGAAGCAGCUACAGUCACAAGUACAAGAAUCCAAGAGGAAAAUACGUGAGCGCCUCGAGGCUUACAUUGUGAGAGGACACAUAUGCUGCAAUCGCAGCAUCCUCCUUUUUCUAUCAUAAAUUUGUGACUACAUUUCUAAUUACCUCAUGCUGUUUCACAUGAAGUGGUUUUCCUCUUCAUGUGUAUUGGAGAUAUCAUAAAGAAACUUUGACAAAAUGAGCACAGAUGCAUGAGAGACAUUAUUGACUUGUUAGUUCUGGUGAAUGACGAAAGUCUGCAAGCAGUUUGCGACAGAAACAUUUCCUGGAAAACACUUGACAAACUUCCUCACAGGUGAUUAGUUUUUAGUCAGUGUUGCCCUUUUGUAGCUGUCAGAUUCAUCAAACAUAGAACCUCUAACCCAGCAGGGGAUUCAAGCCAUACCAAGAGGAAAAUAAAACCCAAGAAACUUUGAAAACGAAUAUUAUUUUUAUAUUUCUUGGAAAACCACACCUUGGUCCUACUGGUUCGACUUGCUCUUCUGUCUUUUCUCUUCCCUUUUGUUUUCUCUCUCUCCUUUGUUUGUGUGAAUGUUGGCAUUUGGUUUUCGUGUUUCAGAAGUCGAGCCUCAACCUUACCUGCCCACACAUUUCGAGACUGUGGCUAAUUACUGUGUUGACUUUGCUGAUUACUUGUUGGCUUCUUAAGGCUGAGGAGUUCCUUCAGUUGACCCCCGGCUGUUGCACCACUCAGUGUAGCUUUGUUUGCAUGCUACACUACCACUGGGUGAGGACCCUCGGCCUAUGGUGAAGAGAGAGAAUGGCUUCCUGAGUGUUCUAGUCUUUAUUAAAUUGACUCAAAUAAAUAUACUUAUAUAUUUCCGGUGCUUCUAACACCACUUUUAAGUCCACUUUGCUGAACUCUUUAUUGACUUUCUGGUCCAGACCUACUGGAGCCGAUGCUAAAUGGCACAGAGAAGGUUUCUCCUCUCAUCACAGACUACAAGGACUACCACAUUGACACCACAGUGGUCAGUGUGGUCAAGGUGGCAGAGGAGAAGCUGAAGUUGCCGGCCUCCAUAAAGCCUUCAAAUCGAUUCCCACGUAUUUGCACACACCGACAGAAGCAUGAGUAAUUUAUAUCACCCACACAUGGUUGUAUGCAUGCCUGACCACUUCAGGGCAUGCUCUGGAUCAGGGCAUCACUGAGCUCCUGGACAAACUGAGGUGCAACCUGGCAGAAUCAGAUGGACUGAAACAAAAUGACCCAUAAGUCAAAUGUCAGUGUUUAUCGUGCUCCUCCUUGCAUGAACAAGGAGAUACUAGUCUUGCUGUUGGAUUAAAGACCCUCUACAACCCUCUCCACCUCUGCUAGACUGAGUAACUAGCUCCUGGAAUCUCCUCCAUGCUUCUGAUCAGAUAUAUUAACAUUGUGCAUGUGUGUGUUGAGAACAACUAAAAGAAGGAAACAAUGCUGCUCUGCAAUAAAUGGACUACGAUUCAACUCAGUCAAGGCUUCGCCAGACAAGUUUUCAGCCACAACUGAUACAAAAUAAAGUUAUAUUUCAAUAUUGCUUCAUCUGUUCCGAUUCAUAUACAUAUUGAAAAGGAGUGGGAAGAUGUACACACUUAUUUAAUCCCACCCCUUUGCCAUAAGCUAUCAGUCAAUAUUUAGUCAGCUUCCUUACUGAUAUAAUCUGUAGUAAAAAUAGCAAACAGACUUCUGAUAAUAUAUACAUCACAUCAUGAAAUUUUUGAAGUAGAGACAUUCACUGAAUUUCAACAUUUUUCCUUUCUUUAUAAUUCAAGAAGAUCAUAUCUUUAUAACUCUUUUUGAGCUGCUUUAUGUUUGGAUGUUGCUUCAACUCCAUAUUCAAACUGUUUCACAGCUUCACUCUAUGCACAGAAACACAAAAGCUUUUUCUUGUAGUUCGUACCUUCACAAUUUUGAAGUUACAAAACCCCCUUAAAUUAUAACUUCCUUGUUUUAAAAAAACAUACUCUCAGUAUUACCUGGCAGUUCCUUAUUUUUUGCUUUGAAUGGAAUUUGUGCUGUUUGGAAUUUCACUAGAUCAGCAAAUUUCAAUAUUUCAGACUGCAAGAAAAGUGAGUUUGUAUGAUUCCUAUAACCUGCACUGUGGAUGAUUCAAACUGUCUUUUUCUCUUCUUCUUUUUUUGAAGAGUAAAAAGUGAAUGUAAUGUACUUUUAUGUAAUGUACUGUACUCUGCACAAUAGCUUAAGUAAGGUUUAAACCAGUGAACAGUAGAUAAUAUGAAGUGAUGUCCCGUCUAAUACCUGCUCUCCCUUGUUGAACACGGGAUACACACACGCACGCACACGCACGAAACAUGUACACUGAUACUGAUAUGCCCUCACUAUCACCCUCCCUCCCCCCGAAUCCAACGCCUCCUCCCAUGCUUACCUCCCAUCCGAUGUGGACAGCGGAUCAGCUGGAGGCGCAAUCGAAGAUUGCAGCGGUCCCAGAUCCAGCUGUACUCACUGGAAUAUUCUCCCAUGUUGCUUGUCUGUGUUUUAUUGUGUUAUGGUGUGUUGAUAUCUGUGCAUUCCUGGAUUAUCCUUUU